GAUCUGCCGACAACCAUGUAACAACCUGUCGAUUCGCUGCAAGACUGAAUACACUGUUACUUGCAGUGCGUAUGGUGUACUUCGCUCUGCACAUGGACUGUAUUUUUGUCUCCAUUUAAUGAAUUUGCACAGUCUUCCUCUAGCACUGCCAGGAUUACUAGUAUAUGCACCAAAAAGUUUGUUCGAAUUAUAGAACGCAGUUGUUCGACGGGCUCCAAACAGCGAAAACUGUGUUUUUAAGACAUCGUAAUUUGUAUUCUUUGAGUUGUCAAAAAACUGACCAUGCCAAAAGGAAGGCUGUUUGCUCCUUCUACGUCAACUGAUGGCAACUGGUUUCAAACAAGGGGAUUCCAGUCAGCACCUUUGUUUCGCGACACAUCAACAAGUACCGGGGAAAUGCUGACUGCAACAUUCAAACCAGAAUCUUCGUGUAGACCAGCUCGACCACCGUCUCCUUUCAAUAGUUGGACCCGGGUUACAUACGAAGAUGAAAAUCCAUUUUCUCUCCAUGACAACAGACAUUCUUUUCAGGAUCAUGGUGUCUAUUUUGGUCAUGGAUUAGGAAAAAAGCUACUUCCACCAGAAGAAAGACAACACUACUCUAAGCAACUAAUAUCCUGGGAUAAAAAAGACUUUUUCAGUGAUACAAAUUAUUACAAUUCAUACCAGACAAGACAUUGCAAAAAUCCUCCUACAAGGCGAAGAUUUCCACGAAUACACUCAGAAGGAAAAGCUGGCUCGACAAAAUUAGACACAACAACAACAGAGUGGUUUAAACCACCAGAGGUACCCCAUGAAACAAAAACCCAGGUGUUAGCAUCUUCACAAGAACCAUUCCUAAAACACAAUCCAUGGAAGUAUUCCUACAAAGCCAGCACUGCCAGACUUGUUUUAUAACUAUAUGUGCCUAUGCAAUUUACUUGUAAAUUAAAUGUGUAUUUUCAAAGAAUUUAACAUAUUAUUGGAGUGUGUGAUUGCAUGCCUGCAUGAAGUAAUAAGCUAUGCACACAAGUUGACACUGAUCUCAAAUACAAUUUGUUUUUCCUCAUUUGUUGCUAUGUUUAUACAUAAACAAGUUGUGAUAAAAUCACAGACUGCAUAGUGAGUCUUGGG